AUGAGGUUCGCUUGUGCGGUGCUUGCCUCGCUGGCUUGCCUCUCCGUGGCGGUGAUGGGUAACGGAUACGGAGGGUCAUACUACCCCGUCCAGAAUAUGUACAGCGGUUACGGAAAAGGAGGUAUGGUAGCACCUUACUAUGGUGGAUACGGAGGAUACGGAAAAGGAGGGGGGUAUGGCGGAUAUAGCGGAUAUGGACAAGGACAAGGAGGAUAUGGUUUUCCAACCAUACUGUAUCCUGUUGCAUCCCCAGAACCAGGAGAUCUUCCUUUGGCAGCACUCGGAGGACUGUAUGGAGGAGGCGGAGCAUUCGGCGGCAACGACAACAACAUUUUUUUCCUUUUGGCAGCCUGGUAUGGAAAGAAAGGUCAGCCAAAAGAGGGGUAUACUUCCCAUUGA